AUGACGUACAAAUCAAGAGGUAGAUCGAUGACAGAGGUAUUGACUGCCGCCAUCUUUCUUGGAUUUCUGGUUGGUUUUAUCGUUGUGCUAUGCGUGGGGAAUUUCUAUAGAGCCAAGCGAGCUUCCGAGCGUCAACGACAACGGCGACUGGCACGGAUGGGCCAGAAGAAUGGCGGCACCAACGAACUGGUAGACUCUCCCAAAUCAUCCUCCACGAACUCUGGAUCCGCUGCCGCCGAUGUGGAAACAGAGCGACAGCAUUUGCUGGCACGAUUGAUGCCCACCUCCCGCCGGCGCAACAACCAUGUAGAUCACGACAAGAGUGACACGGAUUCUCUGCUAUUUCAAGUCAACGACGCACAAGCCGCCAAUCUUUUGGGGGUGUAA